AUCGAGAAAUCGGACAGUGACACGAGCUCCGACCACUCGAAGCAUGUCUCGGAUACCAAAGCUUUCCCUCUGGCCACAGUCGAUGAGCCGGUAAUUUUCGACACAGCAGGCAAGACUCGAGAGUCUGCAUUCGACACCGAUUCUCUCGGCAGCUAUUACAAGCCGAUCGAAAGCUAUGAAGGAUAUCACAGAUGGGAUCCCCAGUUCCAGUGGGAAGACAAGGAGGAGAAGAAGCUUAUUGACCUGCGCAUCUGCUCAUGGGUGUGUUUCAUGUUUUUCUCACUGCAACUCGACAGGGGCAAUAUCUCGCAAGCGCUCUCCGACAACAUGCUCACUGAUAUCGAGAUUUCUACCAACGACUACAAUACUGGACAGACUAUCUUCUAUCUUUGCUUUCUGUUCGCAGAACUGCCUAGUCAGAUGUUGGGCAAGAAGUUUGGACCCGACAACUGGGUGCCCAUUCAGAUGGUUUUGUGGUCCUUGGUCGCCGCUUGUCAAGCUUUCAUCCACAACAAAUCCGGAUUUCUGGCCUGUAGAGCACUGCUGGGCCUUAUCGAGGGAGGCUUUGUAAGUCAAUCUGCAGUACAAGAAAUUUUAACGCCUUCUGACUUUGCUAGNAUCCCUGACAACAUCCUCUACUUGAGUUACUGGUACAAGACACGCGAGCUUCCCAUCAGACUGUGCUACUUUUGGUUCUCAUAUCAGUUUACAAGUAUCGUAUCGGCAUUCCUUGCUUUUGGCUUCCUACACAUGCGCGGCAUCAACGGCAUCGCUGGCUGGCGUUGGCUCUUUGCUCUCGAAGGCUGUCUCACCGGCAUCAUCGGCGUAAUCUCCUGGUUCUACAUACCUCCCUCGCCCACACAGACCGCCUCCAAGUUCCGCGGCAAAGACGGCUGGUUCAACGAAAGAGAAGAAAAAAUCAUGGUCAACAGAGUCUUGAGAGACGACCCCAGUAAAGGAGAUAUGCACAACAGACAAGCUCUGUCCCUGGGCAUGUUCUGGAAGUGCCUCAAGGACUACCACAUGUGGCCAAUCUAUUUGCUUGGAUUGACCUGGAUGACACCGGCAAAUCCCAUGACAUCGUACCUCACGCUCAACCUCAAGAGCGCUGGCUUUACGACUUUCCAGGUCAACCUUCUCUGCAUCCCGGCUUAUUGCUUUUUCAUCAUCAACUUGCUAUGGUUGUCCUAUCUCUCCGAAAAGGUCAAUGAUCGCUUCCUCAUCGGGACUAUUUCUCAGUUCUUCGUUCUGCCGUGCCUCAUCGCGCUCGAGGUACUUCCGACGACGAGAAGCCAUUGGGCGACUUGGAUUCUCAGCUGUCUGGUCUACGCUCAGCCUUAUAUCCACCCAGUCAUUGUUGCAGUGACGUCCAGAAAUGGCGGUAGCGUCCGUACUCGAGCUGUGGCUACCGCACUGUACAACAUGUUUGUGCAAGCCUCCAACAUCUACGCGUCAAACAUUUAUCGCACAGAGGACAAACGUCGCGAUGAAAAGUGGAAUGUCAUGACCAAGGAGCAAAAGGAGCGUUAUCUCGCUACCACGACGGAUGAAGGCAACAAGCGACUGGACUUUAGAUUUACACACUAG